AUGGUUCCCAGGACAGGCUCUUUAACAAUCUUGGCUCUUUGCCAAUCUUUCUUGACUCCAGCCAUCGCUGGCAGUCUCCCUGAACAAGCACAAGUCAUUGAUCAGCGAAUCUUCAAUGUUCUGAAUGGAACUCGGCCUCCGACCGAGUUCAACGCAACAAGUCUCUUUGUCCCUCCGGGCUCAACAAAAGACAGCCUUCUAGAGCAACCUUUCCACGUAUAUGACGACGAAUUCUUGAAGAUCAUCGGGGAAACCCCUACCCUGACCCGGAUCGGACACUCCCCCAAGGACCCUCUUUUCCACGAGGCUGUCGUCUGGCACAAAGAAACCGAUGAGGUCUUCUUCGUUCAGAAUGCCGGAGCCAGAGAUGCCGGCACGGGCUUGAACAAGUCAGCCAUUAUUGAGAAGAUUUCUCUUGCACAGGCCGCUGCUGUAUCGCACAAGACCGAUGCCGUGGGUCUGGUGAAUAUCACCACAGUCCCUUCAUCACCUAUGGUGCUCAAUCCAAACGGAGCGACGAACUACCGCGGACAGCUCAUCUUUACCAGCGAGGGCCAAGGCGAUGACAAGCCCCCUGGUUUGUCACUGGUGAACCCAAACAGCCCCUAUAACUCUACAGUUAUUCUGAACAACUACUUCGGGCGCCAGUUCAACUCUCUGAACGAUGUAGCUAUUCACCCCAAAAACAAAGAAAUCUACUUCACCGAUACGAUCUACGGUUACGUUCAAGAUUUCCGCCCUGCCCCCGGUCUGCAGGAUCAAGUUUACCGCUUCAACCCGGACACCGGUGCCGUGACUGUUGUCGCAGAUGAAUUCGACCAUCCAAAUGGACUUACUUUCUCUCCUGAUGGAGACUACGCCUAUAUCACUGAUACAGGCAUUUCGAGCGGCUUUUUCGGUUUCAAUUUCACGCGCCCAGCCUCCAUCUACCGAUAUGACGUUAAGGAGGAUGGCACGUUUGAGAAUCGCAAGCUAUUUGCCUUUGUGAACGCUCGUUCGCCCGAUGGUAUUCACUGCGACUCCUGGGGUAACGUGUAUGCCGGUUGCGGAGACGGUGUUCAUGUCUGGAAUCCCUCUGGUAAGCUUAUUGGCAAGAUCUAUGUGGGCGCUACGUCGGCGAAUUUCAACUUUGCUGGCCAGGGGAGAAUGGUCAUUUGCGCCGAGACAGACUUGUACUAUGCUACACUUGCUGCGGCGGGGAGUUACGUUGACAGCGAGAUGAGUUGA